AUGGAAAAACAAGCACCUAAGAGUCGUGAGCGCAUCAGCUGGGACGCCUGGAGAAAUUUGCUGCUGCCCCAGUUAAACAGACAGUCUCUGUAUGUGUAUGGAAGUGAAGUGGCUGUGGAGAAGGAAUGCAUCAGACAAAGAGAGAGAGGAGUCUUUGUUAUCCAUCCCUUCAGUCCUUUAAGGAGUUACUACAUCAUGUGCAUGGUGGCUAUAACAUUCCUGAAUCUAAUUGGGAUCCCUAUAGAGAUAGCCUUUUUGGAUGGGCAGAGUGGAGUGGGCUGGGAAGGCUUUAAUGUGUUCUCAGAUACGCUGUUCAUUGUCGACGUGGGACUUAACUUUCGCAUGGGUAUCAUUUCUGAGGACAAUGAGGCUGCCAUACUUGAUCUAAAAUCCAUCCGGCAAAAUUAUUUAAAGAGUUGGUUCAUACCAGAUAUGAUAGCAGCAUUCCCAGUCGGGUACAUAUUACUCAUUGCGGAUCUACAGUAUUACAGUGAUUCUCCAUCUUCUAAAGCCACUAAAAUGGUGCGGAUUUUAAUGUUUGUACGGAUUUUAAGUCUGGUGCGGCUGCUGCGCGUCUCUCGUCUGGUGCGUUUCUUUAAUGAAGUGGAAAAAGUGUCAAAUGCAAACCGGGAAGUGGUUCAGGUCUUAUUUAGGAUCCUGUCUUUGUUUAUGAUGAUCUUUCUCUUGUGCCACUGGAAUGGCUGUGUGCAGUAUUUUGUUCCAAUGCUGGAAGAGUUUCCCUCAGACUGCUGGGUUCAACGAGAAAACCUCAUGAAUGCCUCGGUGGGGGAGAAGUAUUCCUUUGGUGUCUUUCGUGCACUCUCACAUAUGACUGCAAUAUCCUACGGAUCUUCUGACGCACCAACAAAUGAGGUGGAGCUGUGGAUUGUCAUGACCAGCAUUGUGUCAGGAGCUCUAAUGUACACAGUACUGGUUGCCAACACUGUGGCUCUGAUGACUGAUGCCGACCUCACAGCAAAAGCAUACAAGAACAAGUUGAAUCGUCUGGAAGACUAUAUGGUGUUCAUGAAGCUUCCCAAAGACCUGCGUAUGCGUAUCAGCAAUUACUUUCAGACUCGGUAUGGAGGAAAGUGGUAUGAUGAAAAGGAUGUACUAAAUUGGGUGUCUUCAUCUAUUAAAGAGGAAAUUUUGAUGAGCAUGUGCUCAGGUCUUGUGAGAAGAUUUCCCAUCUUCCAGAACUGUGAUGUAAGCUUUGUCAACUCCAUCCUAUUACAUUUGCAAUAUGAGAUAUUCCAGGAGGGGGACGUCAUCAUACAACGCAAUACUCCUGGUGACCGCAUGUACUUUAUUGAGCACGGACAGGUAGUUGUGGAGACAGAGGCUAAUCAGAAGGAGCUGUGUGAUGGAGGCUAUUUUGGAGAGACAUGUCUUCUGUACAGAGGAAAACAUUCGGCUACAGUUCGAGCUCAGACUACAUGUCAGAUCUUUUCUCUGUCUGUAGACAGUUUCUACCAGGUGCUUGAGGACUACCCAGAGGUUAAGAAGGACCUAACGAGAACAAUUAAUAAAACAUAG